AUGGUAUUGGAGAGCUUGAACGUGCAGUCCGGGAACGACCAAUCGGGAGUGCUCACAGAUAUGUUAACCCUGAAUUCAACGGUCACGAUCCUAUAUAAAAAUCCUGCAACGUUCUUCGCUGUCCACGUCACCUCCUCACCCCUCCAGCUCAGCUAUUCCCAGCUUAUCCUCGCCUCCGGUCAGAUGGAAGAGUUUUCUCAACGUAGGAAAAGCGAGAGAAUCAUUGAGACCAAUGUAUUAGGGAAUCAAAUUCCUCUGUACGGAGGCGUACCGGCUCUUUAUAGUCAACGAGCUAAACCGGACCAAGUCGUUUUGCCUCUUAACCUGACUUUCACGUUGCGAUCACGAGCCUAUGUGCUCGGCCGAUUGGUUAAGAGUAAGUUCCAUUCGAACAUCAGAUGCAGCAUCACUCUGUAUGGCGAUGGACUUGGCAAAAAACAUGAUCUCUCCAAGUCUUGUUCUGAUCAUUGACCCAUAUGAAUAUCAUAAUGAUCAGUUCAGAGUUAGAGAAGAUGAGAUUAUUUCAUGAUUUAAUCGGUGAGAUAUAGAUGUAAAGAGGGAUGAAACUGUCUUCUUCCUUUUUUUUUUAAUAUUACAUUUUUCAUUUUCAUA